UUUUUUUUUUUUGCAGGUUAUUCUUUAUUUAUUUACAAGUUGACUGAUUUAAGUAAUAAAUCGGUAAUUCCUGAGCGAGAAUGAGCGUUGUUGGAUUUGAUUUCGGGAAUGAGAGCUGCAUUGUUGCCGUUGCCAGGCAAAGAGGUAUUGAUGUUGUACUCAAUGAUGAGUCAAAGCGUGAGACUCCAGCCGUGGUAUGUUUUGGUGAUAAGCAGCGAUUCAUUGGGACAGCAGGAGCUGCUUCUACAAUGAUGAAUCCUAAAAACUCAAUUGCCCAAAUGAAAAGGUUAAUUGGUCGGCAGUUCUCUGAUCCUGAGUUGCAGAGAGAUCUUAAAUCACUGCCCUUUGCUGUCACUGAAGGUCCUGAUGGAUAUCCUUUGAUUCAUGCUCGGUAUCUAGGGGAAAUGAGGACAUUCACACCAACUCAAGCUGGAAUGGUGUUGUCAAACCUGAAGAGCAUAGCUGAGAAGAAUCUGAAUGCUGCAGUUGUGGAUUGCUGCAUUGGAAUUCCUGUAUAUUUUACAGACCUUCAGAGAAGGGCUGUCCUAGAUGCAGCAACAAUUGCUGGCUUGCAUCCACUGCGUCUGUUUCAUGAAACUACGGCAACAGCAUUAGCGUAUGGUAUUUAUAAGACAGAUUUGCCUGAAAAUGACCAAUUGAAUGUCGCUUUCGUUGACAUCGGGCAUGCAAGCAUGCAAGUAUGCAUUACUGGUUUUAAGAAAGGUCAGCUUAAAAUACUGGGUCAUUCUUUUGAUCGGUCUUUGGGUGGUAGGGACUUCGAUGAAGUUCUAUUCCAACAUUUUGCUGCCAAAUUUAAAGAUGAGUAUAAGAUUGAUGUUUUCCAGAAUGCCCGGGCUUGUCUCAGACUACGAGCUGCCUGUGAGAAGCUGAAGAAAGUUCUUAGUGCCAACCCUGAGGCACCUUUGAAUAUUGAAUGCUUAAUGGAUGAGAAGGACGUCAGGGGUUUUAUUAAGCGGGAUGAGUUUGAGCAAAUUAGUGUUCCAAUUUUGGAACGUGUAAAGAGGCCAUUGGAGAAGGCUCUUUCUGAAGCUGGGCUUACACUUGAGAAUGUGCACAUGGUCGAGGUUGUUGGCUCAGGCUCUCGUGUUCCUGCUAUAAUUAGGAUUCUAACUGAAUUCUUUGGUAAGGAACCCAGGCGGACUAUGAAUGCAAGUGAGUGUGUUGCUAGAGGUUGUGCUUUGCAAUGUGCUAUUCUAAGUCCAACAUUUAAAGUAAGAGAGUUCCAGGUUCAUGAUAUCUUCCCAUUUUCAAUUGCUUUAUCUUGGAAAGGUUCAGCUACAGAUGCACAGAAUGGAGCAGUGGAAAAUCAACAGAGCACCAUUGUCUUCCCUAAAGGAAAUCCCUUACCUAGCAUCAAGGCUCUAACAUUUUAUAGGUCUGGCACAUUUUCUGUUGAUGUGCAAUACUCUGAUGUUACUGAAUUGCAGUUACCCGCAAAGAUAAGCACAUACACGAUUGGUCCAUUCCAAUCAACAAAAGGUGAACGAGCAAAGCUGAAGGUGAAGGCUCGUCUCAGUUUGCAUGGAAUUGUGGCUAUUGAGUCGGCAACGCUUUUGGAAGAAGAUGUGGAAGUUCCAGUCACAAAAGAACAUCCCAAAGAAGCCAGUAAGAUGGAUACUGAUGAAGGUGCUACUGAUGCUGCUCCUAGUUCUAAUGAAACUGAUGUAAACAUGCAAGACGCCAAAGUAGCUGCUGACACACCAGGUUCUGAAAAUGGUGUUCCCGAGUCUGGUGACAAGCCUGUGCAGAUGGAGACUGAUACAAAGGCUGAGGCCCCAAAGAAAAAGAUAAAGAAAACAAAUGUUCCAGUUGCUGAGCUGGUUUAUGGUGGAAUGUUGCCUGCAGAUGUUCAAAAGGCAGUUGAAAAGGAGUUCGAAAUGGCUUUGCAAGAUAGAAUCAUGGAAGAGACCAAAGACAGAAAAAAUGCUGUAGAGGCCUAUGUGUAUGACAUGAGAAACAAACUUAAUGACAAAUACCAGGAAUUCAUUACUGAUUCAGAGAGAGAAGGAUUUAUCGCCAAACUUCAGGAAGUUGAAGAUUGGUUGUAUGAAGAUGGUGAGGAUGAAACAAAAGGUGUUUACAUUGCUAAGCUUGAGGAGCUCAAGAAGCAAGGUGACCCAAUUGAAGAACGGUACAAGGAGCAUACUGAGAGAGGAUCAGUGAUUGAUCAGCUUGUUUACUGUAUUAAUAGCUAUAGAGAGGCGGCAAUGUCAAAUGAUCCCAAAUUUGACCACAUUGAUUUGUCUGAGAAGCAAAAGGUCUUGAAUGAGUGUGUGGAAGCAGAGGCUUGGUUAAGAGAGAAGAAGCAACAGCAAGACUUACUUCCCAAGUAUUCUUCUCCUGUUCUCUUGUCAGCUGAUGUUAGAAGGAAAGCCGAAUCAGUGGACAGGUUCUGCAGGCCAAUAAUGACAAAGCCAAAACCAGCUAAACCGGCAACCCCUGAAACACCGGCAACCACACCACCUCAAGGUAAUGAGCAGCAACAGCAGCAAGCUGGAGAUGCAAAUGUUGGAGGUAGCAACCAGGGAGCAACAGAUGGAAGCGGGGGAGCACCAGCUGCUACAGAACCAAUGGAGACAGACAAGUCAGAGACUCCUGGCACUGCAUGAUUUAAUUGGUGGGUUGCUUUUUUUUUAAUGAUCCGUGAAGAGGCGAAAAUGGUUCUUUGUAUAAGAAGUAUUUUUUCAUAUGAUCCUUGGGCCAACUCGUGGAUGUGCAACUUGAAAGGCUUUUCUGGUGUUUGUUCCAGUCUGGGCAGCCUUGUUUGUGUGGUGGCCACCAAACUUUAUAAUUGUUAGGAGAGUUGCUAUAAAGAUGUUAUUUUUUCAAUGGUUUUCUUUUUUUUUUUUUUUCCAAAAGAGAGUUAAAACUGCUAGGGUCUGUCUUCCCAGAUGCUCUGGUGGGCGGACCAAAUUUACUGUUCAAGUGUUACAGUUUCCCUUUGUGAUUUUUUAGGAAUUGUUUCAGUUUAUGAAUACUUAAUUUGAGUUUAUGUCACUACUUAAUAUUAAAGUUUGUAUUCUGUC